AUGGCAGCCAGCUCACAGAAAGAGUAUAUGAGAUGCCCGUUUUGUCGUUAUGGCAGCCACAAUUUCGACCAUCUUGACCGACAUGUGCGGCAAUCACACCCCGACAAGAGACUACACAUUGAUAGGGAGUCUCAUUCUGACUGCCCUCAACAAUCUGACACGUCGGACUUAGACGACUUUCAGCUGGCACAAGUACUGGCGUUCGAGGAAGCUGGACUCCCUUCCGAACUUGCCUUGUCUGAUCGUCCCAGUCUUCCUGCCACAGAUGGGGACAAAUCGCGGGAAACCGCGAAGAAUCAUGCGUCGCUUCCAUCCCCCGCGAGACAAGGAAAUGGAGAUAAAGUGCCUUGGGUGGGUUGUUUCUGUGGUGAACGGGUUCAUUUCCUCGAACUCGACGCACAUGCCGACAUGCAUGCUCAAGAGAACGUCUCCAUGGAUGAACCGCAGCAGCCAUCCAAUGCCGACUUGUCCACUCGUCCAGCCACUGCCGCACGUACGUUGGGCGACAUCUCCAAUGCUUUCACCACGACUAUUUCUGGUUCACUUCGGAACCAUGAUCAGCUGAAUCCGAAAACGCCCCCUUCCAACAACAAACGCCGAGUUCCUUCUCUGAGAGAGAUCUUCUUGGGCACUCCUGCAUCACCCAAAAGGAGGUCGCCAUACAAAGCGGUAUCGUCGAACGAUGGCAAGACCAAGCGUCUAGGGAGAGCAGAGCUGGGUCCGUACGCACACGAACAACAAAUGCCAAACUGGCUCCGUCGAAUGCUUGAGGAGGGGGCCAAGGUCACCGUUACUAACAGGAUUGGACCCGACGGAACCCUCAUCCGAGUCGAGAGUGUUGCCAAUGAGACCCCUGACCUGGUUCCAGCCCUUGCACGACUUUCUCAGUUAGACAAGGGCGUCGAACGAGCAUUCUACUGCAAUCCCGAAGUACGUCAUGUCUGCAAGAUGCACAAAGAGGGAGGGUUUUGUGGAUACAGGAACAUUCAGAUGCUCAUCUCGUAUAUCCAAGGCGCGGGUGCCCCCGGCGCUGAACAUUUCCCCGGCAGGUUGCCCACGAUAUUGAGACUUCAAGACCUCAUCGAACGGGCCUGGGACAUGGGAUUCAACGCCAGCGGACGAGUCGAGACUGGAGGGAUCAGGUACACGAGGAAGUAUAUUGGCACACCUGAGGCACAAGCCUUGUUCAUGAGUCUCGGCAUUGCGUGUGAAGCAAUCGCAUACACCACCACCAAAGAGGUGGAAGCCUCUGAGACCAUGCUAUGCGCGGUUUGCGAGUACUUCGACGAUGAGACCACCCAAGACAACUUGGACAAAGUGGUCAUUACGAACAAGCCGCCGAUCUACUUUCAGCAUCACGGCCACUCCAUGACCAUUGUUGGCGUUGAGAGCAGACUGGACGGAUCCGUCAAUCUGGUCGUUUUCGACCCAAUGUUCAAUCCUAGUCCAGCUCUCAAGAAACUGGCGGUUUCUGGCACGACUUUGUUCCGUUGUGGUGGUCUGGAGAGAUUACUCAAGGCUCAUCGUAGGGGAGAACGCUACCUGGCUAAGUAUCGGGACUUUGAGUUGCUGAAGUUGAAAUGA